GGCAAUCCCCAAUCUGCAAGCCAGUUUCUUUACGGACUUCAACGCGAGUGGAUGGAUCAUUUGCGGCACGGUAAAAUGCGGUGCCACCUAGUGCUGUUAUUGUUAUCUGUCGCGUGGGGUUUCCCGCCCGUUAGUCACGGUCAGAGCUAUGUCGUGGUAUCAUCGGACACGCUGCGAGCGCACACGACGUACGGUCUUGCCGUAGCAAACGUUGCACCGAAAACUCAACACUUUCGGUUUGAAAUUGUGGCUAACAAUCAAUCGAUUGCACGUUCCUCGACGGUGGACAUCGCUGCCAAUGGAUUCAAGCAAAUUGAUUUGAAUAUAAAUCAGCUGGAUCCAGAGGCUUCCUAUAUGCUCCAGGUUUGGGAUGCAUCCAAAGGUGUGCUAUUGAACGCAAGCACGGUCGCUUGUUCCGUGCGAAGCUAUGUUGUACUGUUUCAGACCGACAAACCAGUGUACAAACCAAGUGAUAAGAUUCUGUUUCGGGUCGUGUUUUUGACACUUGACCUGAUGCCGGUACAGGAGGCUGCCAUUACCAUUUUUCUAACGGAUCCAUCGGGAUCUCGAUUAAAACAGUGGUCCUCAGCGCAACUGCAAAAUGGUGUUUUCGAAGGUAGAUUCAAGUUGGCAUCGGAACCUUCAUUCGGGAGGUGGACUAUCAACGCAAACAUUAAUGAACAGACUUACCGAGAAACGGUCCAAGUGGAAGAGUACAGUGUGCCACUAUUAAAUAUAGACCUGAACAGUGCCCCUAACCCUUACAUGUACUGUGAGGAUAAACAGAUAAUGCUUAAGCUAAGUGUCAACUAUGCCCAAGGUGGUGCAGUUCAAGGCCACGCAACAGUUGUGAUGCGGACUCAGCUAGAAAACUUUAUACACCAGCAGAAGGAAGUAGCACGAAAAGAGCUCAUGCUUAAUGGAUCUGCUCUAGUGAGGUUUUCCAUGCCAUUGAUAUCACCGGAUUGUCUUGAAGACCGCACUGUCUGGUUCGAUGUUGUCGUUCGUGAGUCAACAACGAACGUUACUCAGGAAGAGACUCGCACGUUCACCGUGCAUCGCUCUCUCUACGAUAUGGAAGUGCUCGAUGAAACCAAUAGCUUCCAUCCGGACACUCCUGUGCAUUUGAAAGCAAGACUAGUCUCGAUUAGCGGAAGGCCACAGUCCAACCAGUUUGUUAUACUAAACUAUACACUUCAAAAAGAACAGUUGAGCAUGGAGGAAGCGGUACCGCAAAUUGUACGCGUGAAGACUGACACGCGAGGAGUCUUUAAACUGUCUUUCAACACUACGCUAGAUACGGUCGCGGUCGAUGUGUUUGGCACUUACAGGAACCGAACAUACUCUCUGCUGGCAGCUUAUCCUAUGUACGAAAGCAACGAGAUUGAUUAUUUAGUAGCACACACGAGUCAAGCUUAUUACAGAUCGAAGCAUCAGGUCACUAUCAAUGUGCGCAAUAACUUCCGUACCAAUCGCAUUUUCUUCGUUUGCUUCUGUAGUGCAAUGGUGUGCGAUAGCGGUGUGGUACAAUCCGCUGAUGUUCAAAAAUACCACAAGUUUUCAUUCUUAGCACCGUCUUUGGUUGCACAGCAGAUGAAGGUGUUAGUAUUUACGGUAAAAAAUGAUGGAGCAAUUGUAAGCACAACAGUCAUCGUUCGGUUUCGGCUUCAGCCUCAUCAUACGUUGACCAUUUCAGCGGCUCGUGUCGAGGAAAUUUCACAGAAAUACAGUAUCAGCAUUGGGGCAGGUAACGGUGCCUAUGUUGGUCUGUUCGGAGUGGAGGAACGUGCUAGAACUAUGUCAUCCGGCGAGAAUGAUCUUUCGUGGAGCAAAUUGCACAGGGCGCUGCAGCCAUUCAACAAGCUGCACGCUGAUGCAUUUUUACACGAUAGUUUCAAAAGAGUUGGAGCGUUGCUGUUAACGGAUGGAUAUGAACCGGAUGUUGGUCCUGUAUUCAAUGCGCAAGGAAGAGUUGGUAACAUUUUCGAGGAAGAGGAAGCACCCAGGGAACACUAUCCCGAAACCUGGAUUUGGGAAUCCGUUAGAACGCUCGACCAACGCAUCCAGACCAUCGAGCGAGCGCUACCAAACAUUGGCACCUUCUAUUUAAUGGCAUUUGCUUUGGACUCUACAUACGGACUGCAGAUAACGAAACCAGCUCGUUUGAAGUACUCAAAGGAUGUUUUUGCUCAGCUACAUAUACCACCUUCACUGAACCGCUCAGAGGAAGCGGUUGGUUAUUGUUUAAUUCACAAUUAUGGUUCCUCGGUAACGGUGCUCGUGGAAAUUCAACCGAACUUGGCAAACACUAAACUAGUUCUUGGUGCUGGAGAAACAGAAAGCAUACCGUUGAAGCUUUUGUUUGAGCAAGUAGGUGACGUGAAAAUUGUCGUGACUUUGCGCAUUUCGAAUGGAACCAUCCUUGACACGGUCCAACAAAUGAUCUCAGUGCGCCAUAAGGGUAAUGUUCGGUACGUGGAGGAUGUUCGUUUAAUACACUUCGAUAAGCCGUCACAAACAGAGCUCAAUUUAAUGGUUGAACUACCAAAGCAAAACAUCAUCCCCGAUUCUGGCAAGCUAACCUUGUCUGUAAUUGGAUCCUUUCCCAACCUCCAUGAAUACGAUCUGCAACCGAUGGCUGAUUCAUCGUACAUCCACGGAAGCGCAAAUGUUCUAUUUUUCCAGACUACACUCACCAUUUAUGAAUAUCUGCGCAAUAGUGGACUGCUGAAGGCUGAUAGUUUAACCAAAUUCAAUCCACUGGUGGAGGUCGCAUUCCAGAACCAGUUGAAAUUUCGCCUAAAAGGUGGAGCGUUUAGCUACCUUGGUUAUGAUGUUCCUGACCGCUGUGGAAGCGUUUGGCUGACAGCAAACACGGUGCACACAUUCAUUAGAGCGGCCGAGUUUGUUCACAUCAAUGAUCGAAACAUUGAAGCAUCACUAAAUUGGCUACAGGAGCAAAUGCUUACCAAUGGAAGUUUUAAAGAGACGUGCGCUUCGGCGUUGGAUCGUGCUCAGAUAAUUGGAGAAACCGAGCUAUCGCUCGCUAUCACUGUUCUCACAGCAUUCAUCAAUAACAAGUACAGUAGUAAAUAUGGUAAUUUGCGAAAUCGUACACUGGCGAUGGUAUUGAAGGCUACGAGGGAUGAUGUGUACAGCAUGGCAAGGAUUGCGUACCUCCUUAAGCUAAUGAACCAUCCUGCACGAAUGACUGCAAUCGAACAGUUGAACAAACAAGCCAUCGAUGUUGAUGGUGCUUUCCGUUGUUGGUUAGAACGGCAUCCUCCCAACAAGGAACCAUCGAAGCGCGAUACAGAAACCACUGCGUACGCAUUGCUGGCAAAUAUCAAUGAAGGGACUAUGGCAUCAGAGGAAAUCCAACGUGUGGCUCAAUGGCUCUAUAAACGCUGCUUCACUGGCAAUCGCUUUAUUGUCACUGCGGAAAAUUUGAUCGGUUUGCAGGCUCUCGGAGAGGUGGCUAAGCGUAAUACGGUUCCAGAAACCAAACUAUCACUAGUGCUUCCUACAUCAAUGCUGAACCUUGUCGUGGAUGACACCAAUCGAGAACUUUUGCAAACACUUCAAUUAACGAGAGCAACUCCUAGGGUGAGAGUUUCCGCAAAAGGAUUAGGCUCAGCAUGGGUGAAACUAAGCUAUAAGUAUAACGUGCCGUAAGAUGUGGAAAAGAGAUAAAUCAUAAAAGGAAAAGAUCAAUCAAAGGAUCAAUCUUCUUACCUACACUGUGACUGUAUCAUUAUUCUGAGUCUCAAUAAAACUCUUCCUUGAUA